AGCCGGGUGGGCGGCAUGUCGGACACCGGAGGGGGCGCGCGUGGCGGGGAGCGGGGAGAAGAUGCUGUCUCUGCCGGCCCCUUCAGCUUCAGCCCGAAGCCCACACUAGAGGACAUCCGCCGCCUCCAUGCGGAGUUCACUGCUGAGCGAGACUGGGACCAGUUCCACAGGCCUCGGAACCUCCUCCUGGCCUUGGUGGGGGAAGUGGGGGAGCUGGCCGAACUUUUUCAGUGGAAGCCCGAUGAGGCGCCUGGACCCCAAGCCUGGCCUGCCAGGGAGCGAGCAGCCCUUGAGGAGGAGCUUAGUGACGUCCUCAUCUAUCUGGUGGCCUUGGCAGCCCGCUGCCGGGUGGACCUGCCCCAAGCAGUGCUCUCCAAGAUGGACACCAACCGGCGCCGGUAUCCAGCCCAUCUGGCCCGAGGCUCUGCCUGCAAGUAUACGGACCUGCCUCAGGAGGCUGCCUCCAAAGACCAGGUGGCGGUGGCACCUGCAGACCUUACUCCCCAAGACUCCACGGGACAGACGUCCACCUAGGGUCCUGGACACAGGACCUGCAGCUCAGCACAGAAUCUGAGGAACGGGGCAGGCUGGUCCCAGAACCUUUUUGGUCCUUUCUCGGGUCACGUGCCUGGGGGCCCUACUUCCUGAGGUCUUAGGCCUGGGGACCUUGGACAAACAGCCUCCGCUUUUCCUAAUAAAACUGUUUUUCGGCA